AUGCCAAUUCGCUAUCUUCCACUUGAUCCCACCCAACGAGCCCAUCAAGUAUGCCGAUCUCGCAGCAGCAGCCAAAGUGCCCGAGCAGUGACUCAAAAGUAUCAUCCGCAUGGCCAUGACAAACUCCCUAUUCCGCGAGCAACCGGAUGGCAAAGUGUCGCUCACUCGGCGACAUCCGCGCUGCUGGCGCACAAUGAAGAUGUCCACGCAUAUGCGCUGUACAUGUCUUCGCGGACCGCGCGCUGCGCCCAACAGAUGGCCCCAGCGCAUCAGAAAUGGGGAGCCGACAGCACGCGCACCAACGAGACGGCUUUCAAUCUGGCGUAUAACACCGACUUACCCUUUUUCGAGUAUCUGUCGGGCAAGGAAGACUUCAUGACGGAUUUCGCGCAGUAUAUGCGAAACGUGAGGAAGUAG